GGGGCCGGGCGGGCGGCGGCGCUGCUCGGGCGUCACAGCGCCGGGCGGCGGCGGGGAGAUGCGGCUCCUGGCGCUGGCGGCGGCCGUGCUGCUGGCGCGGGCUCCGGCCCCGGAGGUGUGUGGGGCCCUCAAUGUCACCGUGUCCCCGGGGCCUGUGGUUGACUACCUGGAGGGGGAAAAUGCCACUCUUCUCUGCCAUGUCUCCCAGAAGAGACGGAAGGACAGCUUGCUGGCCGUGCGCUGGUUCUUCGCACGCCCCAACUCCCCGGAAGCCUUGAUGGUUAAGAUGACCAAGCUCCGGGUGGUGCAAUACUAUGGGAAUUACAGCCGCAGCGCCUUCCGGCAGAGGCUGUGCCUCCUUGAGGAGAGGCGCGGGGCACUCUACACACUCUCGGUUUUGACCCUCCGGCCAGCAGAUCAAGGGCAUUACGUCUGCAAAGUCCAGGAAAUUAGCAAGCACAGGAAUAAGUGGACUGCCUGGUCCAACGGCUCCUCAGCGACGGAAAUGAGAGUGAUUUCCCUCAAAGCUUCUGAAGAUUCAUCCGUUGAGAAAAAGAAAGAGACCUGGGCGUUUUUUGAAGAUCUCUACAUAUAUGCUGUGCUCGUGUGCUGUGUGGGGAUCCUCAGUGUCCUCCUCUUCACCCUGACCAUCAUCUGGCAGUCUGUAUUUAGCAAGAGGAAAGCCAGAGCAAGACAUUAUUUGGUGAAAUGUCCUCAGAACAGGACUCUCUUCUUGUAUAGCUCAGGGGAGACCGUGACCAGUGUGACCAGCUUGGCCCCACUGCAACCCAAGAAGGGCAAGAGGCGGAAGGAGAAGGCCGACGUUCCUCCUGCAGUGCCUGCCAAAGCUCCCAUAGCUACCACAUUCCAUAAACCGAAGCUGCUGAAACCACAAAGGAAAGUCGCCCUGCCAAAGAUUGCCGAGGAGAACCUGACCUACGCUGAGCUGGAGCUGGUCAAACCCCACCGGGCUGCCAAAGGCCUCCCCACCAGCACUGUCUACGCCCAGAUCCUCUUUGAGGAGAACAAGCUGUAACGUGGCGUCCUCUUCCGUGGUCCUAUUUAAUACCUGCCACCCCAGUUAUUUAUGAUAUCUUGGAAACAAAAUCCUUAUUUUUGUAUUUUACCUCGUGCCUUCUGUGUGGUGAGGAGCCCUUUUCCAGCGGCGUCCCAGGUGCCUUCGAGGAAAGGUAUGACACACGAGGUACGAGGCUCCUCUCCAUCAAAGAGUAGGGGCCACAGCCCUUGGACGAAUCUCCCAGGACAGGAUGUGUCUGGGUCCGAGCCCUGAGCAGUGUGAACUCUGAUUCUGAGAGCACCCAAGGAGAUUUUCUGCUGAGCCAAACCUCUUCAUGUUUUCUUCUCCUUUCUUUGGGCUUUAAUCUUUUUAAAAUCUUAUUUUAAUCUUCUACUCUUCCUGUAUUUGUGAUACCAAGCUCAUAGUAUAUAGCUAGAGGAAAUGCCAUUAUAGGCCAAAGUGUGAGAUGGUAGAUAUGUACUAAUUGGUUUUUCAAAAGGUCAGAGAACAUUUCUAGGGCACCUCAAUCAGAGCGAACUGCUUAUUGCAAAUGGUCACUCAAGAUAGCAUCUCUUGUUUUAAAUAGAUGCACUGACCCUGGUGGUUUAAGGGCAGAGGCAGAUUGUGGGGAACUUUGAUGUCUAAGCUAACAGUCCACUGUCUCUAAAUACGCCAGUGCCCAUUUCCCCACCUGUGAUCACCCAAGGAUGCAGGGCGAGUAGCAUACCAUUCUAAAGGACACCCCCCCCCCCUUCAGCACGGUGAACUUAUAUUGCUAUAGAAACUCAUAUUCCCCAGAAAGUUCUUACUCACUGUUUUCCAAAGGAGCAAGGGAGGGAGCUAGCCAUCGAUGGACACGCUGGAGGAAGUAAGUGGGCCUCUUGGAAGUAAGCCGAGGUUACCAGCUCUGAUUGAAUGUCCGCUCUUGUGUGAGCAGAGUUUUUUUGCCUGGUUCCACUGGGGUAGGAGAGUAGGAAGUGCAGGCCGAGCUGGAAAAAUGUGUUUUAAAGACCCUACUGUUGUAAAGUGCCUCUCCCAACUCGACUUCACAUGUGAUUUCUCAUGUGUUUGGGUUGGGCUCAGGCAGGGAUGCGGGGCAAAUACAUCUGUGCUGAAGUUGCCCUGUGUGGACUGAUGCAACAUCCAGGAUCUCCCUGAAGAUGGAGACCUUCUAGAAGAGAGACAUCCUGUUGCCUGUGUUAAGGACACUUUCUGUGUGGGUGUGCUCUGGGCGGUUAUUUACUGCACACUGCAGAAAUUGUUUGGCUUUGUAAUGGAUCAUGUAUAUACGGUAAAUUAUAUAUUUUAAACACAGCCUUGAGUGUGAGCUGUGCUCCUCUGUAUAGCCAUGUGCACUCGGUCUUACAAGUUUCUUAUUCCCUAAUUAUCUCAGACUCAUGUUUAUAUUAAGGUGACUUAACCUGUCAUAGAAUUCUUGUAAUGGGAUAACGACUACUGCGAGAUUCUGGAUACUGUACGUUGCUUCACAAAACACUGUGUUAACAUUCGUGCGACAGCCAGUACUUAUCUUCAGAAUGAAAAUUUCUUUACAGUGUAAGGCUCUCAUUACAAUAGCUUCAAAAAGCAAAUGUUUGUCCAUGAGCUUAGCUCUACAGUAACACUCGCAAAGACCCAUGAUAGCUUAUGAGUACAUCUUGUGGUUUAUUGGAAAGGGUCCGCAUUGGGAGCAGGUAGAUUUUCUAGAAGCAGAAAUAAUCUGCCUUUACAAAGACGAAGUCAUUCUCUCUGGCCUAUACCUGCAUCUCAUUUCCCUUCCCCUCUGCCAAAUUUCGAAGAUAGUGAAUAAACCACACAGCUUUUGAGGAAGAAAUACCACCUGGAAGGAUUCACUGGACCUUCCCAGAGCAUCCUUUAGGAGAGUGAAUAUAUGGUUGGCACACAAUUCAUAUAAUUAUCAUGGGCAGCAUAUCCUAUUUUAUCAUGGCAAUGUUCCAGCAGACUGUGGUUCUUUGGUGUUUUGAGAAAGGAGGGUGAUUUCUUCAUUUGCACGAGGAGCCAUAUGGGCUAGUGGGGCCCCCGGGGGUGACAGGUGG